UGAUUAUGGUACGAAGUGGACUUUGGAAAAUGGAUACAACAUCAGCGAUCUAAAUGAAACCGAUACUUACCCGCGUCGGCUACUCGGAUCCGGUGCUCAAUUUGGCUUUCUCGCAAUGCUGUCUGUGGCCAAGGAAAAUUUAGAUACUUCAUGUAUCAAUUCCAUGCAGGGUUUCAAAGUGUUGCUGCACAGUCCGGACGAAGUGCCUCAAAUGUCGAAACAAUAUUUUUAUGUGCCAUCAUCGGAAUCUGUAAUGGUGUUGAUAAAACCAAAUAUGAUAACUACCUCAGAUGACUUAAGGGACUACGAACCACACCGAAAGCAGUGUUUUUUCAACUCGGAGCGUCAAUUGAAAUACUUUAAAGUGUACAAUCAACGCAACUGCGAAUUGGAAUGCCUAACAGAGUUGACUGAAAGUGAAUGCGGCUGCGUGAAAUUCUCAAUGCCAAAGAAAAAUGAUACUAAGGUUUGUGGAAUUGGUAAACUUAAAUGCUACGAACGAGCCGAAAAGAAGUUAUUUGAAAGAGUCAGAUCGACAGGAUUGAGUUAUAUGGACGAAUGUAAUUGUUUGCCGGCAUGCACACAAAUAACUUACGACGUUGAAAUCUCACAAGCAGAAGUUGAUUGGUUCUGAUAUGGCUGGUCUGACAAUUUUCUUCAAGGAAUAUCAGUUCAUAUCUCUAAAACGCUCCGAAAGAUUUGGACUCACGGAUUUCUUUGCCAAUUGUGGGGGCUUGCUUGGUCUUUUCAUGGGAA